CUCUAUCUCAGAAAUGUGAAUUCGUCGUUAUAGUAGCAGCAGCAGUACAUAGAGAUUACGAUCUUCUCUCUCUAUCUUUUAAAAAAUACAUUGUAGCAGACCUUUCGUUGCAGAGAUCUUUUGGGGGCUUUCAAUACAAACCCAAAGGAAAAAACACAAGAAGAUAGAAAUAAAGAUAAAAACAGAGAGAGAGAGAGAGAGAGAGAGAGAGAGAGAGAGAGGGGGAUCGAUCCUUCAUCUAAUCUAUCUUUCUUACCUUUUCCCCAAAUCCCCAUUUCUCCCUUUCAAUCCUACCCUUUUGUCUUCAAUCGCGCAAGCAAAACAACAAAAGCUAUCUCUCCUUCUCUCCGAAAACCCAUACUGAAGAUUUUUCUUUGUCGAUUGAAAAAUGGGAACUGGUUGGAGGAGAGCUUUCUGCACGUCGAUUCGUAGAGAGCCGGAAUCUGAGAAGCAGAGCCCGAAGAGCUGUACUGGGUUCUUCUCGACCGGGUCUAACCCGUCUACCCCUCGAUUGCAAUCCCAACCCGUUUCGAGCCCCAGGUUGAGGUGUCGGACGACCCCUCCAGCUGCUGCGCCUCCAGCGCAUGAUAGCCCGAGGCUGCUCUGCAAGACGAAGAGCCCCAGGCCGCUUCUGGGUUCAAAUCCAUCUUCGCCCAAAUCGCCUUCUCGUUUCUCACUCUUCAGAACCAGCUUGCGAUCCUCGAGAAGCAGCUGCGGGAUUUGCUUGCAGAACGUGAAAACAGGGCAGGGGACGGCCAUUUUCACAGCGGAGUGCUCACAUGCAUUUCACUUCCCGUGCAUCGCCGCGCAUGUUAGAAAGGAGGGCAGCCUCUUCUGCCCGGUCUGCAAUGCUCGCUGGAAGGAGGUGCCUCUGCUCGCCAUACACAAACACCUUCCUGAUAAAGGUGGAGAAGAGAAAAGCACUGAAGGAGAGAAAGGAGAGCCUGCCGCAAUUCGAGAUAAGAAGGGUGCGCUCGAUACCAGAGCCUACGACGACGAUGAGCCGUUGGUUUCCCCGACUGGGCCCCGGUUCCAUCCUAUCCCAGAAGCUGACGAAGACGAUGAAGAGAUUGAAGAAUUCCAAGGGUUCUUCGUCAAUCCAUCCAAGCCGUCGAGAGCGGACGCAAUGAACGGCCAAGAUUUGAAGAGGGUCGAUGCCGGACUCAUGCCGGAGGCAGCCGUUGUUUCUGUAGGGAGGAGCCACGAGAGCUACGCUGUGGUGCUGAAGGUGAAAGCUCCGCCUACGGCGCAGGAUAGCAACGCCGCAUCGCUACUCAAUCCGCCUCGCCGCGCCCCCGUCGAUCUCGUGACGGUGCUCGACGUCAGCGGCAGCAUGACCGGGGCCAAGCUGCAAAUGCUCAAGCGCGCCAUGCGGCUCGUCAUCGCUUCGCUAGGCUCGGCCGACCGGCUCUCCAUCGUCGCCUUCUCCGGCCACGCCAAGCGGCUCAUGCCGCUGAGCAGGAUGUCGGCUACCGGGCAGCGCACGGCGCGCCGGAUUGUCGACCGGCUCGCUUGCGGGCAGGGCACGUGCGUGGGCGAGGCCCUGCGCAAGGCCACGAAGGUACUCGAGGACAGACGCGAGCGCAAUCCAGUCGCGAGCAUCAUGCUGCUAUCGGACGGCCAGGAUGAACGGGCCCCGCAGAAUGCCACCAGUCGACGCCGUCGGCCUCAGCACGUGCAGUCCACACGCUUCACCCACCUCGAGAUCCCCGUCCACGAGUCCGGCUUCGGGAACCGGCAGCCGGCGCACGAGCCGGCCGAGGAUGCGUUCACGAAAUGCGUGGGCGGGCUGCUGAGCGUGGUCGUACAGGAUGUGCGGAUCCAGCUGGGCUUCGCGUCCGGCUCCGCUCCCGCCGAGAUCUCGGCCGUCUAUUCAUGUAGCGGACGGCCCGCUUUCGUUGGGGCGGGUUCGUUCCGGCUCGGCGACCUUUACGCGGAGGAGGAGAGGGAGCUGCUUGUAGAACUGAGGGUGCCGUCGUCAGCUGCUGGGGCCCACCACGUGAUGUCCGUCAGAUGCUCGUACAGGGACCCAGCCACGCAAGAUCUCGUCCAGUGCAAGGAGCAAGCGUUACUCGUGCCUCGCCCGCACGCCGUCCGAUCAUCCGCCCCAAAGAUCGAACGGCUGAGGAACCUCUUCAUUACGACCAAAUCCAUAGCCGAGGCUCGCCGCCAAGCCGACCGCAACGACUUAGCCAGCGCGACCCACCUCCUAUCCUCAGCACGCGCGCUGCUACUCCAGUUUACCUCCAUCUCAGCCGACGAGAAUCUCCUCGCCUUGGAAGCCGAGCUCGCCGAGCUCCACCAACGACGUCAGCAGCAGCAGAUCCAACGGCGGAGAAUCCCCGAUCCAACAACGGACGAGAGCAGCGAGCCACUAACCCCUACAUCGGCUUGGCGAGCCGCGGAGCAGCUCGCGAAGGUCGCCAUAAUGAGAAAAUCGUUGAAUCGAGUCAGCGAUUUGCAUGGGUUCGAGAACGCCAGAUUCUAAACAAACAAACCCCCUGGCGCACAAUAGCGACAAGCAGUACCCGACGCCCCAGCCCUUUCCACCAAAAAUCCAAAAAAAAAAAAAAAAGAGUAGAAAACCCCAGUUGAAUUGAUUGAAGGGGUUUCUAAUUUGUCUCUUGUCCAGGAAUUAUCUUUAAAGAUAUUAUUAGAAAAAGGAAAAGAGACUGUUUUUUAGGAUAAAAAGGAGGAGAAAAAAAAGGCUAUAAUAUGAAAAUAUGUACAAUGAUAUCGCGAUAUAUUUUUAUUUUGAUUUUAUUUUAUUGUGAUAAUGGGUUUGAUGAUGUA